AUGGAAGCAAGAUCAAUGUUGAUUUGCAUUGUAUUUGCUUGCGAUCUCAUAGCAUGUUGCCAUUGUAAUUAUUACUCAAAGACUUCACCAUACACUCCACCUGCUCAGAAAAUCACACAUCUUCACUUCUUUUUCCAUGACACGAUCAGUGGGAAAAGCCCUUCCGCCAUUAAAGUAGCUCACCCGAGCUUCCCCACGGCCUUCAACGACACGCCGGGGCCGUUCGGGAGCGUGUUUGUGAUCAACGAUCCCGUGACGGUCGGACCCGAGAAGACAUCUCAGGUGAUUGGUUCGGCACAAGGGGUAUGGGUUUCGACGGGGCAAGAGAUGCUGGAAUUGGUGGUUACGAUGGACAUUGGAUUCACGUACGGCGAGUUCAAUGGGAGUUCCAUAAGUUUGAUGUCGAGGAACCCUAUUGCACUCAAUCAACGAGAGCUUCCCAUUGUUGGAGGGAGAGGCAAGUUCAGGAUGGCUAGAGGCUUUGCUAACCUCACCACUCGUUUCUUUGAUCAUGUUAAGGGUGAUGCCAUGGUCGAGUAUCAUGUCACUGUCAUUCAUUAUUGA